AUGGUAAAACCGGUACCCCUCUUCAGGAGAACUGAUUUCAAAUUAUUAUUAUGCAACCACAAGGAUCUGUUCUUUCUCAGGGUGUCUAAGCUGCUGGAUUGCUUUUCGCCCAAAUCAAUGUGGUUUCUUUGGAACAUUUUCAGCAAAGGAACGCAUAUGCUGCAGUGUCUUUGUGGCAAGAGUCUUAAGAAAAACAAGACCCCAACUGAUCCCCAGCUCAAGGGCAUAGUGACCAGGUUAUAUUGCAGGCAAGGCUACUACUUGCAAAUGCACCCCGAUGGAGCUCUCGACGGAACCAAGGAUGACAGCACCAAUUCCACACUCUUUAACCUCAUCCCCGUGGGACUGCGCGUCGUUGCCAUCCAGGGAGUGAAGACGGGGUUGUACAUAGCCAUGAAUGGAGAAGGUUACCUCUACCCAUCAGAACUUUUUACUCCUGAAUGCAAGUUUAAAGAGUCUGUUUUUGAAAAUUAUUAUGUAAUCUACUCAUCUAUGCUGUACAGACAACAGGAAUCUGGUAGAGCCUGGUUUUUGGGAUUAAAUAAGGAAGGGCAAGUUAUGAAAGGGAACAGAGUAAAGAAAACCAAACCAGCAGCUCAUUUUCUACCCAAGCCAUUGGAAGUUGCCAUGUACCGAGAACCAUCUUUGCACGAUGUGGGGGAGACGGUCCCGAAGGCUGGGGUGACACCGAGUAAAAGCACAAGUGCGUCUGCGAUUAUGAACGGAGGCAAACCAGUCAACAAGAGCAAGACCACAUAGCCAGAGCCUCGGGGGCCUGUGACUUACCAGUCCCGGGCACAGUCGCGUGAUUUAUCCCCACCGGACAUUCCUGCUCCCGGGGCUGAGGGCGGUGGGGACGCAAGCCAGUGCUGCUUGCUCUUGGCUGGCUCCGAACUUCGUCACAAGUGGUUCAAACGCAAGCUGUGGCACCCCCACGACAAGAAGACACCUGGAUAACCAGCUCAACUCAGACCAUGGAAUGCCCUACCAGAUAUGGAAUGCCUUUUUAAUCUCUUUUCUGUGACUGUGACACUUCAUGUGAAUGACAUAUUUCACACGUACACUCGAUACCUUGCCUGCUGACAGCUCCCCGUAACCCUUUUUGAGUCCUGUUCCAGCGAAAUCCAUGUGUUUCAGUUCGAUUUUGUAGCACCCCACUACUAUUGAGUAAUUUCUAGUUAGACGCUGUAAACCUGUGCUCUCAUGGAUUUCUCCUCUUCUCGUUUUUACAGGGCUGCUCGCGCCACUGUCUGUGACCUUUUGCAGGGAGUGUGUUCUUCUGAAUCGGCAAUGUUGCGGGUGGCUUAGUCCGGAGGGCAAUCAGGGAAUCAGAAAGCCUUCUACCUUAGUAUUGCAAACUGCAUCUAUCCAGAUUAAGAUCGUUGUCUCGGGCUCACACUAUCGAUUCCACACACAUACACGCUCUAUCCAGCAGCAGACACUGCGCGGCCGAGGUCCCCAAGGCCUGGGCAGGAGAAAGGUCGAACACAAUCCGUGGCAAGCUCUCCACGACCCGUGUUGGACGGCCCCUCUUAGUUUCCUUGUGUGUGUGUGUGGUGUGUGUGCGCGCGCGCGUGUGUGUGCGUGUGUGUGUUUUAUACAUAUCACAAGCUUACUGGUAAUGGUAACAUUUGCCUUGCCCAGCGAGCAAGACCCACUGGUUUUUGAGAAAGUGGGUCCAAAGAAUUCUGUAGGCCUUGUAGGCCUGAUUAAGGUUCAUUUUUCAUCUAUUAGUCUUCAUUAUUUGGAAAAAAAAAAAAAAAAGGAAAACAAAAUCAUGACGACCUACGAGAAUUGCGCUACCUAAAUCCAUUUCAGAUCUACUCCCUCCUGUUUUUAACGAACCUAACGCCAUCCCCGAUGUGGCUGCGUCCCACUCAUAGUCAGCCGAGCAUGGGCAAGGCGGCUGUCUUUUCUGCAGCAACAAUGCAAACGUUAGUUAUCAAUUAGACUUUAAUAUUUUUGGUGUUUAAUGACAAGUUUUUAAACUGGACAUAUUAGGAAAAAAUAUUUUUUUUAGCUCAGCAUGCUGAGUCCGGUACUGUGGACCUCACCAGUACGUACCUGUACCUCAGCUCUGUGGGCCCCAGAUUACCCAAUGGCUGGGUUAGAGGUGCCUUGCCAUGAUCUCAGAAUUCGGUCUGUUGAGGGAUCCAAGAGAAAAACAAAGGCAAGCCAACACCCUCAAAGAUCAGGUUUCGGGUCCGUCUGGUGUAUUUGCUUUGGUUUUAGUUUGCUCUCUUCAUUUCCUUUUGAAUUGAAUACUGCAAAAUUCUGAGCUUAGGGAAGGCAACGUCUAUGAGAAAGACUGAAGAGUUGACUACUAGGUGAAAAUUCCAUGUGAAAUGUUCGAUACUGACUAGAAACAGUUUCAAAAUGUUUAAUACUAAACUAUUUGCAAAUAUAUUUGUUAACUCGGUGUACACUUAAUAAAAUUCAAUGUUUUCUUUCCAGAAGGGUCAAUUGAGACCAAACUGAACCUCAUUCACAAAAUACAGUUUAUGGGAGCAGUGGACUGGCCUCUCAGUACGUGUGGAAGAAUGAUCCAGUUGCUGUGUCCCCCCCUCUGCACUGUCUUUGUUGGGAAAUUACUUUCCCACCGCUUUCAUAAAACUCCACUACAGUCCUUGCCCAGCAUUGACAAUUUUGGCCUGCUUA